AUGGCUGUACUUACAAUCUGCCGAUGUCUAGUGAAAUCGCAGGACUCAUUGUUGGUAAUUUUGACACUUAGGGGGGGUGUUAGAGACAUAGUUGUCGAGACACAGUCGAAAAGGCUCCAGCGAAUCAGUGAGUUGCACCCCCUAUAUCUUCCACUGCAGUAUCCGUUAAUAUUUCCUUACGGUAAGGAUGGGUAUAGAGAUGAUAUACCAUUGAGGGAAACAUCAGCGAGUGAUGUCUGCACAAUUGAUUUUCAGAAACGCGGUCUCCCGCAUGCGCACAUAUUGCUUUGGCUUCACAGUGAAGACAAACCGAAGACAUCAAAAGACAUAGAUAAAAUCAUUUGUGCCAAAAUCCCAGAUAAGGUAACAGACUGUAAGAUGCACGAUUUGGUUGAGAAGUAUGCGAUUCACGGCCCGUGCAGUCUGCCUAAUCAAAACUCUCCAUGCAUGAAGGACGAGAUUUGCACGAAGCGAUUUCCAAAGAUUUUUGUCAACCGUACUAAUGCCGAUGCAGAUGGUUAUCCGGUGUAUAGAAGAAGAGAAAAUGGGAGGACAAUGGUUAAGAAGAAAACAUAUCUCGACAAUGGUUUCGUCGUGCCUUAUAACCUUGCUCUACUGAAAAAGUACAGGGCACACAUUAAUGUCGAGUUCUGCAACAAGAAUAAGUAUAUAAAAUACUUAUUCAAGUACGUCAACAAAGGACACGAUCGGGUCACGAUGGUAUUUUAUCAAUCAUAUAAUCCAGGUGCAACUCCAGAAAGUUGCAAUGAGAAAAAGAUGUAUUACGACAGGGGAUAUCUUUCGGCAUGCGAGGCUGCUUGGAGGUUAUUUAACUUUGACAUUCACUUUAGAGACCCACCGGCGGUUAGGUUGAUGUUUACAGAUAAUGACUCAUUAGUUGAUGUGUUGAAUAGACUAACUGUGAAGCAAACGAUGUUCCUUGCUUGGUUCCAUGCGAAUAAGUUGUACCCUGAAACUAGAAAUUUGAGAGGUUGCACGUGUUACGAUGAUCUUAGGAAAGUCGAGGAUCACGUCUACCCAACUUUCAAAGAUGCGUGCUUUGCGUUGGGACUGCUAGACGACGACAAGCAGUACAUAGCUGGCAUAAAAGAGGCAAACGAGUGGGCCAGUGGUGACUAUGUGAGACGAUUAUUCGUCGUACAUUUGGUCGCAAAUAAAAUGAGCAGGCCGGAAUAUGUGUGGGGGUGUUGCUGUAUGGAAUUCGCCGAGGAUAUUGCAUACAGACUGCAACAACGUCGUACCAAUUCAGGUCCACAUGUGUCCGACUAUACUUUGAGAAACUACGCUCUGAUCGAAAUAGAAAACAUAUUGCAAAGCAACAAUACAAACUUGAGUAACUUUCCCUUAAUGUCGAUUCCAAUUGGGUCGAUGACAGACGCAACGGUAGAUAGAUUGUUUCGCGACGAUUUGGACUAUGACGUUGAUGCGAUGCGUGAAGAACUUAAGAAAUACCUCUCAUCCAUUACUGAUGAGCAGAAAAAAGUGUUCGAUGAUAUCAUGGAUGCUGUUACAAAUGACAGAGUUGGACUGUUAUUUCUUUAUGGACAUGGAGGAACAAUAAAGACUUUCAUAUGGAAAACUCUAUCGGCUGCUAUCCGUUCAAAAAGAGAAAUAGUUAUAAAUGUUGCUUCCAGUGGUAUUGUUUCGCUUUUACUUCCCGAUGGCAGAACUGCUCAUUCGAGAUUUGGACUGCCAAUAAUUGUAAAUGAGAGUUCCACAUGCAGCAACAAACUAAUAGAGUCCACAUGA